AUGGCAAAACGGGACCCAAAAAUAGCAAAAAGAGACCCAGAAAUGGCAAAACGGGACCAGGAAAUGGCAGAAACAGGACCAGGAAAUGGCAAAAAAGGACCAGAAAUUGGCAAAACGGGACCAGGAAAUGGCAAAAAAAGACCAGGAAAUGGAAAAACGGGACCCGGAAAUGGCAGAAAAGAACCCGGAAAUGGCAAAACAGGACCAGGAAAUGGCAAAAUGGGACACGGUAAUGGCAGAAACGGGACCAGGAAAUGGCAAAAAGGGACCUGGAAAAGGCAAAAAUGGACCCUAAAAUGGCAGAAAUGGGACCGGGAAAUGGCAAAAAUGGACCCGGAAAUGGCAAGAAGGGACCUGGAAAUGGCAAAAAGGGACCCGGAAAUGGCAAAAAGGGACCCGGAAAUGGCAAAAAGGAACCCGGAAAUGGCAGAAACGGGACCAGGAAAUGGCAAAAAUGGACCCGGAAAUGGCAGAAAUGGGACCAGGAAAUGA